AUGACGCGCGAGAUUGGAAAGUUAUUAGGUUUGGUUCUGAUGUUGUCAUUAUGUUCCAUUGGCGUCCAUUCGCAUAAGGAAUUCGAUGAGGAAUUCUACCAUGGCGAGCUAUUUGAACCAAAAGCCCAUAUUGCCAGAAAUAUGCCAGCGGAAUUGGCACAAAAUAAAAUCACACCCAAACCGGAAAAAGAUUCUCAAUAUUGGAUUGAGAAUGCCCAAAGGGCGGUGAAACAACGGGCCGGGUUGCGCCUUAAAAAUAAACGGGCCAAAAAUGUGAUAUUCUUUUUGGGUGAUGGUAUGUCCAUAAGUACCCUGACAGCAGCACGUAUACUUAAGGGGCAGCGUGAGGGACGUCCUGGCGAGGAGUCGGUACUGACAAUGGAAAAAUUUCCUUAUACGGGCUUAAGUAAGACCUACUGUACAAAUGGCCAGACUGCAGAUUCGGCCUGCUCAGCCACGGCCUAUUUGACAGGAGUUAAAACAAAUCUUCUAAUGAUUGGUGUAAAUGGUCAUGUUACCUUUAAUAAUUGUUCCCUGAGUUCAAAUCCCGAUUACCACACCGAAUCUAUAGCUCAGUGGGCCCAGAUGGCAGGAAAAUCGACGGGUAUUGUUACCACAACAACUGUCACCCAUGCCAGUCCUUCGGGUAAUUAUGCCCAUGUGGCCAAUAGAAAUUGGGAAAGUGAUUAUGAUAUUCUAAAGACGAAGGCCCAAACAAAUGGACCUUGUGCGGAUAUUGCCAAGCAAUUGAUACAAAAUGAACCGGGUAGAAAUUUCGAUGUUAUAAUGGGUGGUGGCUUCAAGAAAUUCAUACCCCACUCACAAUAUGAUGCAUUCGGCGUUCAAGGUGAACGUAGAGAUGGUUUAAAUUUAGUUGAAGAAUGGUUGGGCCGCAAUGCCCACGGAAAACUUGUUACCACUUUGGAAGACCUCAAAGGAAUUGAUUUUCAAGAAACUUCCAAACUUUUGGGCCUCUUUCAUUCAUCGCACAUGGAAUACAAUGCCAAGGCUGGAGUGGCGAAACCUUCCCAGCCACGCCUUAAAGAUAUGACCGAGGCGGCAAUAAAAAUGUUAGAGAAAAACGAUAAAGGCUACUAUCUCUUCAUUGAGGGUGGUCGUAUCGAUCAUGGUCAUCACAACACGAUUGCUGGCUAUGCCUUAGACGAGACCUUGGAAUUUGAUGAAGCCAUACGCACCGCCUUGGAUCUGACAAAUGAAGAAGAAACUUUAAUUGUGGUAACAUCAGAUCAUUCUCAUACCAUGUCAAUUUCCGGAUAUCCUGGACGUGGCAAUCCCAUUUUGGGUCUAAAUCAAUAUAAUCGUGAUCUGGAGGGUAUCCCGUAUAGUGUAUUGAAUUAUGCCCUUGGGCCACAACAGUAUCAAGAUGAAAAUGGCAAACGUUUGGAUUUGUCACAACACAAAUAUGAUGAUUAUAUGGUCAAGCCGAGUUAUAUUCACACAAAAAUGGGUUCACAUGCCGGUGAAGAUGUUGCCAUAUUUGCGAGAGGACCCCAGGCCCAUCUAUUUUCCGGAACAAUGGAACAAAAUGUAAUACCCCAUUUGAUGGCCUAUGCUGCCUGUAUUGGUCGGGGCAAACAAUUUUGUCAUGAAUAA